AUGUCGGCUCUUACCGCUCAGCUGAAGACGCCCAUCACGGGCGAGGUGACCUUGAACACGGGCUUGUUCAUCAACAACGAGUUCGUCCGUGGUGUUGAGGGCAAGACCUUCGAGGUCAUCAACCCCUCCACCGAGGAGGUCAUCACCUCCGUCCAUGAGGCCACCGAGAAGGACAUUGAUAUGGCAGUCAGCGCGGCCCGCAAGGCGUUUGACAACACCUGGAAGAAGGUCACCCCCCAGGAACGCGGCAAGAUGCUGCUGAAGCUCGCCGACCUUGUCGACAAGAACCUGGAUCUUCUUGCCGCCGUUGAGUCGCUCGACAACGGCAAGUCCAUCACAAAUGCCCGCGGCGAUGUUGGUGCCGUUGCUGCGUGCCUGCGCUACUACGGCGGCUGGGCCGACAAGAUCGAGGGCAAGACCAUCGACAUCGCCCCCGACAUGUUCCACUACACCCGCGCCGAGGCUCUCGGCGUCUGCGGCCAGAUCAUCCCCUGGAACUUCCCCCUGCUGAUGCUCGCCUGGAAGAUUGGCCCCGCCCUGGCCACGGGCAACACCAUUGUCCUGAAGACGGCCGAGCAGACGCCUCUGUCCGCCCUCGCUUUCGCUCCCUUCGUCAAGGAGGCCGGCUUCCCCCCUGGUGUCCUGAACAUUGUCUCUGGCUUCGGCAAGGUCGCGGGUGCCGCCAUCUCCUCGCACAUGGACAUUGACAAGGUCGCCUUCACCGGCUCCACGGCCGUCGGUCGCACCAUCAUGAAGGCCGCCGCCGCCUCCAACCUCAAGAAGGUCACCCUUGAGCUGGGCGGCAAGUCCCCCAACAUCGUCUUCAACGACGCGGACAUUGAGGACACCAUCAACUGGGUCAACUUUGGCAUCUACUACAACCACGGCCAGUGCUGCUGCGCCGGUUCGCGCGUGUACGUCCAGGAGGGCAUCUACGACAAGUUCGUCGCUGCCUUCAAGGCCCGCGCCGAGCAGAACAAGGUCGGUGACCCGUUCCAAGAGGAGACCUUCCAGGGCCCGCAGGUGUCCCAGCUGCAGUUCGACCGCAUCAUGAGCUACGUCAAGUCCGGCAAGGACGAGGGCGCUACCGUCGUUACCGGUGGCGACCGCCACGGCGACAAAGGCUACUUCAUCCAGCCCACCAUCUUUGCUGAUGUCCGCCAGGACAUGAAGAUUAUGCAGGAGGAGAUCUUCGGCCCCGUCGUCGCCGUGGCCAAGUUCAAGGAUGCUGAAGAGGCUAUCGCACUGGGCAACGACAGCAACUACGGCCUGGCCGCCGCCGUCCACACCAAGGACCUGAACACGGCCAUUCGCGUCUCCAACGCCCUGCGCGCCGGUACCGUCUGGGUCAAUUGCUACAACGCCCUGCACCACCAGCUGCCAUUCGGUGGCUACAAGGAGAGCGGUAUCGGCCGCGAGCUGGGCGAGGCCGCGCUGGCAAACUACACCCAGAGCAAGUCGGUUGCCAUCAAGCUCGUGUAA